AUGCCAAUAAAAAUGUGUUCAUCUUCAAGUACAUCAACAACGGAUCUACAACAAUGUCAAGUAAUAUGUUCUGAUUCUUAUUCUCAAACAUCACUGAACAAUAAUGACGACGAUGAUGAUGAUGACUAUGCAAAUUAUGAAGAAAUUUAUUGUCAAAAAUCUUUGAUAACUACACAUGAAAAUAAUAUCAAAAAAUCUGAUCAAACAACACUUUGUCGAAUCAAUCGUUAUUCAAUUGCUUGUUGGACAAAACCAGCUUAUUUAAUAACUAAUUAA